GUUUUGUUCAUCAGCUGACUUUCGGUAAAGAUGGUGACCUGCGCUGUUAACUGAUAACAUGUAGUAUUUAGUACUUUGCUUUUCGCAUAUUAACUGUGAAAGACGAACUGUUUAAUGAAAGUUGACACUAAUAUUGGCUUCAGCCGACUUCCUGAAAUUCUGUGCAGUUAAAUAUAUUUUAUCUUCGUGACAAAACUGUAUUGCAUUUGUCUCAACCAUGAUAAGCUUAGGAGCUUACGAAUAUAAUCCAGCAGAUGUUCUGGGUAAUGGGGCAUUCGCCAUUGUGUAUAAAGGAAGAGUUAGAAACAAUCCAGAUGAACUUGUUGCAAUAAAAAUUAUGUUGAAAGACCAGAAUGUCUUAAAAUCAAAGACGCUUCUUAGCAAGGAAAUAUGUGUUCUGAAGGACCUAAAUCAUGAAAACAUUGUACGACUUUAUGAUCAUAGCAUAUCUAGCAAUGGAGUAUAUUUGGUGAUGGAGUAUUGUAAUGGUGGUGAUCUCUCUGAAUAUCUGCAAGCCAAACGCACCUUACCGGAAGAUACAAUCCGUCACUUUCUGAUACAAAUUGGUUCAGCCAUGGACGCUAUGAACAGGAAAGGUUUCAUGCACAGAGAUUUAAAACCGGGUAAUAUCUUGCUCAGUCACUGCAGGGACUGUGGUAAACAUGUUACAGCCAUUCCUGGUUACCUUCUCUCCUUCAAGCUAGCUGAUUUCGGAUUUGCAAGGUUCCUACAAGAUGGAAUGAUGGCAGUGACAAUGUGUGGAUCACCAAUGUACAUGGCUCCUGAAGUCUUGAUGUGUCGUAAAUAUGAUGCAGUUGCAGAUAUAUGGAGUAUGGGUAUUAUUGUUUACCAGUGUUUAACUGGUAAAGCUCCAUUUUAUGCUAAUACACCGGAGGCAUUGAAAAAUAUUUACGAGAAGACAGCUUGUCUUAGACCAAAAAUUCCUGUCACAACUAGCAAAGCACUACAAGAUUUACUGUUGAAAAUGCUUAAUCGUAAACCAUCAGAAAGGAUUGAUUUUCAGAGUUUCCUCAACCAUCGAUUUCUGCAUCAACGUCAUAUUGAACCUAGAGCUGGUUCUGGUCCAGAAUCGUCGACACCACGAUCAUCGUCUAUCGCGCCUACACUGCCUAGUCGUAAUCGACCACCAGUACGUGGUUCUGGAAUUACAGUCCUCGGUCAUGGCACUGGUGAUGGUCCGUAUUAUUUAACUCCACAAGAUGCUAAUCGUGCAAGGGAUAAAACACCACAAGGCAAACCGUCAGCUAACAACAGUACUAAUGAUAAUCGUGAAUGGAACAAUCCAUCGAAUUGGAAUACAAAUACUACACCUGUAAAAUCACAGUUAAGAAAAACAUCAUCUCCAUCAACACCGACUGAUUUCGAUGCGUAUUAUUCAUCACAUCAAACUGGAGGUCAUAAUCUACCACCACCAGUGCCGCCUAACUAUCCUGAUGAUAAUGACGAUGUUGAUGUCGAUGUUGACGGUGAUGACGGGGGUAAUGUUGGCUAUGGUUUAGAUGAUAUUGACGAUGAAAUGACUAAAACAACUGUGGAUGAAUAUAUUGAAGAUGAUUUAGACGCGUCAAGUUCAUCACCACCAAAUGAUCAUAAUAAUAUUAAUAAUAAUCUACCUAGAAUGAUACCAACAUCUUCAAUGAAACCACAUGAUCCUCAUUCUCAUCUUCAUCAACGUUCUAGUCCUAAUCAACAGCAGUACAUAUCGAAUAAUUAUCGACAUAGUGGAGGUGUUAUAGAUCCUCAUCAUUAUCAACAGCAACCGCAGCAGCACCACCAACAACAGCAGCCACAGCAACACCAAAGACAAACUGCCUAUAGAGGUUCUUCUAGACUGGAUCAACGUGGUGUAUUUAUGAAUACAGCAGAGAUGGAAUAUGGUGAGCCACCGUUUGAAGAUUAUGUUAUUGUUAAUUCAGAUGGUUCAGAAGUACAACGUGUUGAUCGUGAACGAUUUCGUCAACAACAACAAGGUCAUUUAAUGAAUGAUCAUCCAGGAUCACAGAUAAGCAAUAUCAGUAGGAUUGUUCGAAAUCCUGCAUCGUAUCUUACAAAUACUACCAAUGUUCAAAGAAGAGGUAUACCAGAUAUGGGACCACUUCCAGAUGUAACUGCUGGUACAACUGUAACUGAUGCACGAUAUCGUCAAGGCACAGAUGACAGUCAUAAUAACACGUGUGAAAUUCCUUCGAAUAUGGGAAAUAAUAAUAAUAGCAAUAAUAAAUUAGUAGACAGAUAUCAUCAUCCGGCACCAAUGGAUUCUCGUUGUUCUCCUACCAAUCAUAAAUAUGCCACUCGGCCUAUAUCAGAACCGAUAAGAGGAUCAAAUGAUUAUGGAAAAGAGAAGUUUCCUGGAGGUCAAAUCAUUGAAGGACACUUCGCUGGGAUCUCACAACCUCCUGUUUUGGAACCUAAAAUAUCCUAUAUGGAACCUGUGAUAAGUAAUGUCACUCUUGGUACAACUGGAGCUCCACUACGUCAACUUAAUUAUCAGGCUAAUGCUAGACAACAACUGGUUCAUCAUCCAUCAGGUUUUCAGGCUAUGACUACUGUUCAAGCAAAACAACAAAAACAACAAAAAAUUAACACAUUUUUAUAUAAGUAA